AUGGCCGUAGUGCCCCCGCCAGGAUGUGAGCAUUGUUCAAGAAGCCAGAUCAAAGAGCUGGGCUCUGUGGCCAGAGCUGCCAACCAGACGUACUUGACGAGGUCCGAGUUGGAAACGACGCUGUUGGUGCUCAAUUUACGUGCCGACGAUACCGCCCAGGCCGAGAAUAUCCAAAGGGUCCUCUGGACUCUAGUCGCUCUUUCAGCCGUGUUUCUUGGGUUGAGGAUAUACUGCAAGAUAUCCUACACGUACACAAAGAUCCGAUUUGAAGAUAUUCUCCUGUUCGCCUCCUGGCUCGUCCUAGCAGCAGAUGCCGCACUCAAUGAGUUUGUCAUCAAGUCCCGGUUCGGUCGACCAGACUUUCCCAUCACUGUCGAAAACAUCUCAGUAUUAGCCAUCGUCGGCCUAUCUUCCAUCACAUGCUCCUUUGUUGGCCAAGUCUGGAGCAAGACUGCUUUUGCCAUAUCAUUGUUACGAAUGUGCGAUGGCUGGAAGAGGGCUUUCGUAUGGUUUUCCAUCAUUUCUAUGAACGUACUCUUCACGUUUUCUUCAUUGUCAUUCUGGAUUGGGUGUGUUCCUCUCGAAAAGAGAUGGAAACCUUUUGCCGAGGGAACCUGCUACGACCUCAAGUGGGUCAUCUCGUUCGGAAUCUUCGUCAGUAUAUACUCCGGCCUUCUCGAUAUUGCCUUGUCCAUUAUUCCGUGGCUCAUUCUUAUGAAACCGAAACCAGCCGAGGAGUCAUCGGGUCUUACUCUGAGCAAGAAGGAGAAGAUUGGUGUUUCCGUGGCUUUGAGUAUGGGAGUGUUGGCUGGAAUGGCAGCGUUUGUCAAAGCUUCGUACAUGCGUUCAGUAAAUGAUACCACUGGUGACUUCUCUCACGGAGGAGCAGAGUUGGCCGUUUGGGCCGGGGCGGAAACGGCCAUUACCAUCAUGGCGGCGACAAUUCCCGUAUUGAGGGUUCUGUUGCGUGACACUGCGGUCAAGACCAAAUAUCUCCCUGAGGCUAUCAAGAUGAGGGUCCGAAGCACAGUCAGGAGAUCAGAGAGAGCCUCAGGGAGACCUGUGGCGCAACCCGAAGAAGACAAGGUCCCUAUUGUCUCAUCGGGAGCUUCAUUGUCAACUGCUGGAGCCUCAUCUACCUCUACAGGCUCCACUGUGGAUUCGCAGAAAACAUUGGUAUCCAAAACACCGGAUAGCCGGAAGAAAUGA